UCUCUCUGAUGUCCCAUGGAGAGUUGUUUUGGCUUUGGUGUAGACAGUCUGGUCACACAAUAGCUGGGCACCACAGUACCUGUGAGGCUUCCAAGACACCUGUUCCUCCUAUAAUACCCCCUCCCCCCAUCCAGCACUCCUUGCCUUCCCACCCUUUGCACCUCCUCCCUCUUUCCACCGUAGAUUUUCCUCCCUGAGACGGAGCCUGUGGUGUGUAAACAGAUGACAACGUCUGAUAAUCCAGCAAUACACCCGCUCUAUCCUGUUCACAUAGACUGGAGAGAGAGCGAGCAAUAGGAAGUAAGGACAGAAGUGAACGAGGCGGGAGUUCGCUAGGAAGAGAGGAAGGAGACGAGAAGAGGAAGUGGGAGAUACCAUGGAAGAAGGACAGCGCCAGACAUCUGAGAUCUACCUCCCAAGCAUCAGUCUUGGAUCUGCUGACAGCAAAACUGUGGAAGACUAUGAACUGCCAAUAAUGUCUUUAUCCAAAAGCUCCACAGAAAUGAUGAGUGGACCUCCUCAACGCAUGGAGCUGACAUGGUACCGUCAAAAUUUGCGCAAGAGUGCCAGCAGUGCAGCAUACACUCAAAGACCUGUAAGUCUGGGUGCACCAGCAACGGUUGUCCCUGUGAACUUGUGUGACCAAGAACAGGAGAACAUGUGUAGUGGAAACAGCACCCCUGAGACUGCAAUCUGGCGUGGAGGAACUACAAGACCCUGGAGCAUCAUGGAGGACUCACCCAGAAGGACUCCAUCACAGGAUCUGCUACUGGGACAAAAUCAGGCCCACGGUGUGCCACACUCACCAUCCACAAAUUGGGAUCUAAGGAUGAAGAAUCUGGUGAGCAGGGAGGGAUAUUGUCGGUGUUGCGGACAUGUGGAGAACACGACAGAAUGCAGCAGAAUGACUUGUAGAAUGAGUUCCUUGUCUCUGGGGAAUAGCCUAACACAGCAGGUGAAUAUAGAGGACCACGUUCAGAGUAACUGUGAAAGCCAUCAUUUAAAUGCAUGCCACAGGUCUACCUUUGCAGAUCAUAUGAUGACCACUGCCUGCUUGCGAAAUACUUGCAGGGCUGUUCCCUGCCCUGGACACUUGAUAUCACGGCCAGCUUGUGCAGGAAACCCCUGUGCAGGUCAGCGGUCUCUCUUGCUUGGUUUUCCGCCUCUUAUGUCCUCGGUAAGCGAGACCAGACUUGACAGCCGAACUUCAGGCCACUGUUGUGGAUCCGAAUUAAGGGGACAGAACUCCUCCUGCCUUAGACUAGACCGAACAGGCCAGACUAUUCUUAACAGGACAGUGAAAGAUGCCACUACUAUGACAUCUGACUAUGAGCUCAGAGAUGUCGGUGUGCAGACCAUAUCCUCUGAUUCCCUUGUUUCUCCUCUAUCCCACGUAUUUCCUGAAAUUAAUCUAAGGGAAGAUUCUACCUCAGACAUAUCUUUGACCAUGGAGUGCAUGUGUCAGAAAACCCCAGUGAAAGAGGUGGAAUGGGAUGCAGAGGGUAUGACUUGGGAGGUGUAUGGUGCUGCUGUGGAUCCUGAAGAGCUUGGCCUGGCAAUCCAGAAGCAUCUUGAAAUUCAGAUCAAAGAGACCGCAGCCGCUGCAGCUGUGGCUGCUCAAAGGGAAGACUUCACGGAGACUGUCAGUGGCUUGGCACUGCAGCCCAGGAGACGGAAGAAGAGUGAAGGCAUUAUAAGAUCACUACGCAGUUCUGCAUGUUGCUCUAACCCAAAUACUAUAGGAGACUGAAGGGAUCAGUGAUGGGGUGAUGUUUGGAACAACAUUGCAAGCUAAUAUUGCAUAAAGCUGCCAUUUAGAGUUUAAAGAUAAUGGUUUGUUUCCACUUGUGUAACUUCAAACAUGGCCUUGUUCCUGUCCUGUCCUCCAAAGUAACAUUUUAGAUCCCCCAUUUUUUUGUUCAAAAUACCAACAUGAUAAUUUUGGUGACCAAUGAGUAUUAGCCUUUUUGAAAACAGUAAUCAUAGGCUAAGAUUGUCUGGUUCUAUUUGUUGGAUUUAGACAACAAAAGCAAACAGCAGAUUUGCUUUACACAUUACCUAGAGGUAACAUAAAUUUACUGUAACCCUCAGAAACCUUAAAGAGCUCCCUUGAGCAAGAUCUAGGGUUGCCAACUGUCCCGUAUUAACCAGGAUGUCCAGUAUUUCUGGCAAAAUUAUGACAUCCUGUGCGGGCCACCAAUUUUCCGUAUUUUAGCCGGUGGUGAAACGUCCCGUAUUGAAGCCGUUGUGUCCUGUAUUGAAGCUGUCAUAAUGCUCAAGCAUCUUGUACUCCUGUGAAAAAAUGUUGCCAAUCCUAGCAAGAUCUUACAGCCGACUGGUUCUAAGUAGUCAAGUACAUCCAAACUGAUCAAGAUUUCUGUGUUUUCCGGUGUCACAGAUGUGGUGUUAAGGUUCUUGUAGGCAAUAACAAUCCAUUAGUACUACCAAUAUAUGGCAGAAAUUUCAACUUUUGUUUUUUUAGUACAUUGUUUCUUUUAAGGCAAUUGCAGCUUCUAUGACUAUAGCAGAUUGUAUACUAAAUUUACAAAAAACUAUUAUGUCCUUUUUUUGUUGCUAAUGUCUAGAAUGUUCUUGCUGUCUCAUAAGCUGCUCCCAGCAUUAUAAGAUACCCCCAGAAAAUGCUUAUUGUCGAGCCACGAUUUGGCCAGGUGGGCUAAAGUGGGCAAAUGAAGGCCAAAAUCCAUCCACAGAUCUACAAACUGUGGGUGGGUCUGUGGGUGUGUAAAGCUGGGUUCUUAUCAGACUUACUUAUGAUAAGUAAAUAUAUACUCAAGGUCAGUGUUCCUGUAUUUCUGUAGUACAUACAAGCUAAAACUAAGCCCCAGUUCUGUUCUUGUGCUCACUUUUGUGUCACUUGAAAAAUAAUAAAGAAAAAUAAAAUAAAAUAAAAACACACGCACACAUUUGAAUUUUGGUGCCAAAAUCUUACCUGAAAAGAAAAUAUUCGUAUCUUAAAAUGAAAAAUUGUGCUACUUUGUAAAAUAGCACAAUUCAGGGAUUAAAUAUCUGCAGACACAAUCUUUUGUGCCAUUAGUAAAAUAAUUCAAGUGACACAUUUUCAGAUCAAAGAGCAAAGUCACAAACAAAACACAAAAUAUUUUUGGGCCUGACGUCAAAUACUUCCCUUUGGUAUCAUUCCACUAUUUUUUGUCAUAUUUUCAGAAUUUGUACUAUUAUGUAGAAGGUGAAAAAUUAUUCAGUUUGGUUGUCAUAUUCAGAAGGUCAAAGAAAUAGGCACUUUCAUGUCAUUUUAUAUAUUCAUAAACCCUACUUUUUAUUUUUGACCAUAAUAUCAUUACAAGGUUGCAAGGUUUCUUAAGUUAAAAUGCUUUAUAUGUAUCACAUUCUGUGUAAGAUUUUGACUGUUUAGCCUAUAUUAUGAUCACAUAUAUGCUAUAUCACAACAAUCAUAUACAGAAUCAGUCAUGAUUUUGUGCAAGUUAAGGAUUGUAAUUAAAGCAAUAUCUGUCAAUAAUGUUCAUAAAUUACUCAUUUAAAGAGCAUGAAAAUUCUCUUUAAAAAUACAUAUUGUUUGUAAGUAAAUGUAUAUCCAGAACUUCUGACCGAAUCAACAGUAAUGUAUGUGCUGCACACACUGCUUUUGUUUUUCUUUGCCAAAGUAUAUUUUAUUUCUUUUUCGACCAGAGCAUUGUGACUUAACUAUUUAGAUAUUAACUGGAUCAACACCUUAGAAUAUAAUGGGAAAAAGCUUUAAAUAAGCUUUCUACAGCAAAAACUAUACUAACAUGUUUUAAUAUUGAGAAUACUGAAUGUCUUGAAAUGUGUGAGCAACA